CAUGUUUGUCUAAAUUGCUAUUCCAAACCACCCGUAAUAACAUUUUUCCCCUUUUUGGACCAAAAUAGCACGUGUCUGUUCUUCAUCGUUUUCACUCACUUCUGUAGAUUUCUUUCUUAAAAUUUAUCCCCAAACUGAACCCUAGAAAUUAGCUCCUUAAUCGACGACAAAUCAAGCAUCCAUUUGCCAUCUUCAUCUUCAUCUUCCUUCUAGUUGAACGUUAUUAUUUACAUGUGUUAUUGCAACUUGAAGUCUUUGGCUUGUUUGAUUGCUUCCUCCACCCACAGUUGAGCGUCUUGUAUUCACUAAAUCACUGUAAGUUCUUUGGCAAUUAAAUUCUUUAAUUUUAUUUUACUGUUAUUGAAAUUAGUAUUGGAGAAAUGUGACCCUUUUACUACGAUUUGAAGAUAUAUAACACUUUAAUAUCUUGCAGUAAUGGCUCGUCUGCCUUUAAUAGGACAAAGUGUGAGGCGUAAAAGAAUUGGUAUUGCAUUGACAAUAUGGUUGCAAAUCUGUAGAAUUGCGAGUUGGUUCUUACUUACAUUGGGUGCCAUCCAUAGCCUACAUACUUAUAGACCAAGGGUUAGGUCCUAUAUUUUAGAUUUUUACGCAAAACAAGAUUAUGUGAAAAGGCUUAUAAAUGCUAGUGACGAGACCUGUAUUGAACAAGUUAGGAUGAAUAGAAUUGCCUUUUUAAAAUUAUGUGAGAUGUUACAAACGUUAGGGGGAUUGAAGUAGUCAAGGAACAUGCUUGUUGAUGAGCAAGUGGCAAUGUUUUUACAUAUCAUUUCCCAUCACCUUAAAAAUCGAGUUAUCAAGCAUCACUUUAAUAAGUCCGAGGAAACUAUUAGCAGAUUAUUUCACCAUGUUUUAAAUGAUGUCAUACGUUUACAAGAUAUGUUAUUUAAAAAGGCAGAGCUAAUUAGAGCUAAUUCUACAGACCCAAGAUGGAAAUGGUUUAAGGUAUUGGAGUGAGUUCUAUAUAUAGCUUCAACAUAAUUUAGUUGAUUUAGAUUUAAAUAUAGUAUCCUAACUCAAGGUUUUAUACAUGUGAUAUAGAAUUGCUUAGGUACUUUAGACGGAAUCCGCAUCAAGAUUAGGGUUCCAACAGUUGAUAAACCUAGAUAUCAAACGCGAAAAGGUGACAUAGCAACAAAUAUGUUAGGUGUUUGUACACCUGAUAUGCAAUUUGUAUAUGUUCUUCUUGGUUGGGAAGGUUCUGUUGCUGAUGGACGGGUUCUUCGAGAUGCCAUUAGUAGGAGACAUGGACUAAAAGUUCAUCAUGGUUGUUAUUAUCUAGUUGAUGAUGGAUUCACAAAUUGUGAGGGAUUUCUUGCACCUUUUAGAGGACAACGAUAUCAUUUGAAUGAGUGGCAUCAGGGUUACCAGCCAAGUACUGCGGAAGAAUUUUUUAAUAUGAAACAUGCCUCAGCACGUAAUAUUAUUGAAAUAUGUUUUGGGUUAUUAAAACUUAGAUGGGGAAUACUUAGGAGUCCAUCAUUCUAUCCUGUAAGGGUGCACAAUAGAAUCAUUAUUGCAUGUUGUUUGCUCCAUAAUUUUAUUCGAACACAUAUGAGUAUUGAUCCUAUUGAAGCGGAGUUGGGAGAAGGAUUACCUAGUAAUGUGGUAGAUGACGAUGAACUGAAUAUCGUAAAUAUUUAUCCACCAGAUGCAUGGGCUACUUGGAGGAUGGAACUAGCCAACCAAAUGUUCGAUGAAUGGCAAGCAUCUAGAAAUUAGUUAGGUUUAGGGACAAAAUGAGUUUGAGUUAAUUUGUUUAUGUUAUUUUAUGUAUCUAGUUUGUGAAACUUUGGUGGUGUUUGAAUUGUUUUUUGUAUUGUACUAAACUUGUUGAAUUAUAAUUUAAUUUCUUUUCAUUAA